UAUCGAAGCAAAAAUGGAAAAAGAAAUGAAUCUUAUUGUAAUCCUUGGCAGGAAUAUAGGAAUCUCUACUUUUCAAGGGUUGUCACUGCAGAGUAGGUACAAUUCAACAAUACGCGUAGCUCCUAAUUACCCACAGGCAAUAGAACUCACCAAAUGAUGGGACUAUUCUAUCUUGAAGCAGAAAUGGCCAUAUCAGAUGAAUUGCAAGAGUUUUGUGUACUUGAAUGCUCAGGAUGCAAACAAAAGAAGCGCACAAAAGAUAGAAAGGAUUUUCAUUGUCCAAAAUGCAAUCGGAAAACAACAUUACUUCCUCGGUGUAUCUUUCAAAUUGAUCUUACUGACGGUACUGCUACAGUCACAACAUCUAUCUCUGGUGAACUGGGAGAAAAACUACUCUCCAUGACAGCGGAAGACAUAUUUGACAUAACCUGUGCUAAGAGGCAAUCAUUGCAUGUUAAUCAUGUCCAUGAGAUGUUGUCCAACAAACUAUUUCAAAUUCAGCUAAGGAAGUCAUCUUGGGGUACCUCAAACAACACACAAGCAACUUACUCCAUUAUUUCCUACAUGGAAAAGCAACAUACUUCACCAACCACUAUUGAUAGGAAUUCCAAAAAGAUAAGACCUUUGGAGAUAAGUGAGAUGGAGGUGACAGAAACAACUACUGCAGCUGGUUCUUCAAAUGCAACUCUGAAAUUUGAACCACCCACACCAACAAAAAAACUGUAAAA